UCAAACGGUGGAAUUCGCCUGCUUCUACAGAGUGAAUCAGGCUGCGAAUUGCGUGCACAACGUCGACAGGGAUUGGAACUUUUUUCCAUCCAACGCUCCACCUCAUUGAUUCCACAACGUGCUCGAACUCCAUAAUAAAUUCUGAUAUCCGCUAAAACAUUAAUGACUAUUAGCAAUGGAACUUUCUCGAGAUGGAUAUUUGCAGUGGAGAAUUUAAGUGUAAGUAAAUCAUUUUUCAGUAAUAACUCGAGUGCCGUUGCAGCUGAAGCCUGUUUUGAUCAUCCGUUAAUGUUCUGCUAACAUUCUGCGUUGUCUGUGUUAUGGACAAAUAAGUAGGACUGUAUUUAUACUUUGCGUUCGAACCAACAAAUGAACACUUUUUAUGGGGAGACAGUUGGUGUCUGAAUCGUCAAGUCAAAGUACCCGCAAUUUGAGAACCAAAGCGUACUCCGUCUGUGGUUCGCCGUAGGGUAUAGACAAGUCUGUCGCCAUGAGUUUAGUUGGAGGGUUUCCCCACCAUCCUGUGAUGCACCAUGACGGCUAUUCCUUUGCUGCUGCAGCUGCUGCCAGUCGCUGUCAUGAAGAACCCCCCUAUUUUCAUGGGUGGCUUAUCAGCCAUCCAGAGAUGUCUCCUCCAGACUAUACCAUGGCACCUUCGUACAGCCCCGAAUACACAACAGGAGCUCCCGGGCUCGACCACUCGCACUACGGAGGAGUACCGGGGGCCGGCGCCGUUGGAAUGGGACCGCGGACAGUAAAACGUAGACCCACGGCAAACCGAAAGGAGAGGCGCAGGACUCAGAGCAUCAACAGCGCCUUUGCAGAACUCAGGGAAUGCAUUCCCAACGUGCCCGCGGAUACGAAGCUAUCCAAAAUCAAAACCCUUCGUUUAGCUACCAGUUAUAUCGCUUACCUUAUGGACAUUCUGGACAAAGACGAACAGAACGGAGAAACAGAGGCCUUCAAAGCGGAAUUCAAAAAGACAGACGCCAAAGAAGAAAGGCGAAAGAAGGAAAUGAAUGACGUUUUGAAAAGUUCAGGGAGCAGCAAUGACAAGAAAACUAAAGGGAGAACUGGUUGGCCGCAGCAUGUUUGGGCAUUGGAACUGAAGCAAUGAGACUAAAGCAAAAGACACGAAAUGAGGCCAUCUGAACUCAUUUUUAGUUGUUCUCUCACUUUAUUUAAUGGAAUAUUUAUGUGCAAUUUCCCGCUACGGACAUUGGAUAUUUGAGGAAAAACCAUUCCAUUUUAGAAGGAGGAUACUCUCUUGGUAAGAUAUUGUGUGUUGCUGUCUGAUGUUGGUUAAAUAUUGUUUGUUUUCUUGUCCCAUUGUGAAUCAAACCGAGAUAUCUGCCACUAAGGAGUACUAAGUGAAGUUCUGUCUCUUUCUGUCUAUCACUUUCAUUAUCUAUUUCUGUCUCUCUCCCUCUCUCUCUCUCCUUUAAUUAUGAGGAAGAUUAGUCCAUGUUAUGAUACAGUAAAUGUUUUAUUUGAAAAUGUCUUGAAGUGUUAUGAUGUCAUUUUGUGGUCGUACAAUUCUGGUGUCUGAAACAACUGUCCAUUCAGUGCACUUCCGUCCGAAGACACAAAAUUUAAAUAUUGGAGAUGUAAACAAUGUAAUUAAUUCAAUAAACCACUGUGUUUUUAAUGAUCUUA